CCCCGCAAAGACGAGGCCGCGCAACAUGAUAGCCCUACGGGCACCCAUCUCGCUCCUUCACCUCGCUGCCGCCGCCGGCCAGAGGAACCGAUGCACCGGAGGCCACAGGAGGCGCGGCUACGCGCAGCGCCGCCACUUGAGCGGGGCACCCGAGAGCCUCUGGGGGCGCAGCCCCCGCCCUCCCCGCCCUCCCACGCCCGCCGCCGCUGCCCGCAGCGAGUCCAACACCUCGUCGCUGCCGCCGCCCCUUGAGAACGCUGCCUUCGAGGAGUACUACAAGGAGCAGCGAAUCGUGCACGAAGAGGAGUGGGACGACUUCAUGAGUGUGCUCCGGAAGCCAUUGCCAGCCACUUUUAGGGUCAAUGCUAGCUGCCGGUUUUUGAAAGACAUUUGCUCCAGAUUAGAAAAUGACUUCAGGAGAGCUUUGGAGAAUGAGGUUAGUGAUGAAUGUGGAGAAUAUGCUCUCAGUCCCCUGCCUUGGUAUCCAGGCAAUCUUGCAUGGCAUUUGAACUUAUCUCGGAAGCAACUGAGGAAAAAUCCUGCACUUGAGAGUUUUCAUGAGUUUCUAAAGCACGAGAGUGAGGUUGGUAACAUAACCAGGCAAGAGGCUGUUAGUAUGGUGCCACCACUAUUUCUGAAUGUACAAGCUGGCCACCAUAUUCUUGACAUGUGUGCUGCUCCAGGAUCUAAAACGUUCCAGCUACUUGAGAUGAUUCAUCAAUCAAAAGAGCCAGGGCUACUUCCAACAGCGCUGGUCAUAGCUAACGAUUUAAAAGUACAAAGAUGCGACGUCCUCAUCCAUAAUACAAAGAGAAUGUGCACUGCCAACCUGAUAGUGACAAACCAUGAAGCGCAAAGUUUUCCCAGUUGUUCUCUUGCGAAGGAUGAUUCGCAAGCUUACAAAGAUCACUGCAAACCACAAAGGCUAGAAUUCGACCGUGUACUAUGUGAUGUCCCCUGUAGUGGUGAUGGAACACUCCGGAAGUCUCAUGACCUUUGGAGAAAGUGGAGCUCAAGCAUGGGGAAUGAAUUUCAUCUUCUCCAAGUAAACAUUGCUAUGCGUGGUAUUGCCUUACUUAAAGUGGGUGGUAGGAUGGUUUACUCAACUUGCUCAAUGAAUCCUGUCGAAAAUGAAGCUGUUGUAGCUGAGCUUCUCCGGAGAAGUGGAAGCUCUGUUGAACUACUUGAUGUUUCUAGUGAGCUACAAGAAUUGGUCCGCCGACCCGGACUUAGCACUUGGAAGGUGAACGAUAAAGGAUCUUGGUUUCAGACUCAUCAAGAUGUUCCUGACAGUAGGAAGAAUGUAAUAUUGCCUAGCAUGUUUCCUUCAAGUACAAGCAUCCAUGAAAGCCAUACAGUGUAUAACAGCUUUGACGUUAAUUCAGAGUACAAUGUGCCCUUGUCAAGAAAUUUCAACAUUGAAGAUACAAACAAUGUUAAUUGUGAUACAGGUGGCAUUUCAAGUAGUAAUUCCGCUCAAAGCUUGGGUUCAAAAUUUCCUCUGUACCGUUGCAUGAGAAUUGUUCCUCAUGACCAAGAUGGUGGGGCAUUUUUCAUUGCAGUUAUUCGUAAACUGUCCCCGUUGAAUGAAAACCAGGUGAUCAAGGUGAGAAAAACUGAGAACCUGCUCUCGGGAAACAGGACAGUGAAACUUCAGGAGCAAUGUCAGCAUAGAAUUGUUUCUGAGGUUCUUGAUGAUAACAAAUUGCUUGAUGAACAGGCAAAAUUAAGCGUGGCCAACCAAACUUCAAAGGAUGACAACUUAAUUGAAGUUAAGAUGGCAUCUGAUGAUGUAGAAUAUAGUCAGACAGAAUCAGGUGAUAGAAGUCAUAGAACGAAUAAGUUGGAUUACCGACACAAGUGGAAAGGAAUUGAUCCCGUCCUAUUUUUCAAAGAUGAGGAUGUGAUAAAAAAUAUAGUAUCGUUCUUUGGUAUCGAGGAAUCGUUUUCACUCGAAGGCCGUCUGGUGACAAGAAGUACUGAUAAUGCAAGGAGAAUAUACUAUGUAUCGAAAGCAGUACAAGACGUUUUAGAACUGAAUGUACAAGUUGGUGAGCAGAUUAAAAUUGCUUCUCUUGGCGUAAAGAUGUUUGAAAGGCAUAGAUCAAAGGAUGGCUGUUCAUGUGCAUACAGGCUAUCUUAUGAGGGGCUGUCAUUGCUCUUUCCAUACAUGAGGAAGCGGAUACUAUACGCAUCUCCAGUUGACUUCCAGCAUCUUGUACAAUACCGAACCAUUAACUUUGCUCGUUUUGCCGACGCUAGAUUCGGGGAGGAGGCUGCAUCUUUGAUGCCUGGUUGCUGCGUUGUAGUGCUGCGUGAAGCACAUCAAAUUGCCGAUUCCAUAGCCAAGGACCCCUCCCCAAUCGCCAUUGUUUGCUGGAGAGGAAAGGCGACUAUGAAUGUUUUGGUUUCUCCGCCCGAUCGGAAGGAACUGCUAGAAUAUCGCUUUGGGUUCAAAGCAUUCAAAGUCGAAGAUGAGAAAUCCAACAAAGACAUCGAUGCAUUAGCUGAAGGGAGCCUAUAACAAUGGUGUAGAUGGAUGAUCAGAACUUGCAUUCCAAUGAGGCAUAGUAAACAAAGUUUACCGGUAUUGCCAGGAUUUGCUGCUGAAUGUCGAAGGACUAUUUAGAGCAACCCGAAGGUGACAUCUGCUGGUUUUCAGUGCACAUUUUUCACUAAUCAUAUUCGUAGACAAGUUAAUUUCAUAGGAAAAAGAAAUGGUACUAGCUUUUGAAUGUGCCAGACCAUGCACGUCGAGGAGCAGAAAAACAACAACAGAGCAGGUAGUUGCUUGUUGAUUGAGGAACCUGAGGUAAAGAGCAAUAUGUAGAAGAAUUCUUUCUGAAAGAAGGAAAGUUGUGGAUGCAA